UCUGAAAAUUUUCAGAAAUACUAUUGUCUAGAAAAAAAUGGCUCCAACCGUCCAACAAUUGAGUGCAGAGUUUAUGACUGAGGCUGAGAAAGAAGCAGAGGAGGACAGAUUUCUCAGGAAAAGCAAACAGUCGCCGUUUAUCCCCAUCGGUGAGUGAUGUACUACGGGCCAAGAUUCAAGCUUUUUAAAUCUAUAUUUUCAUUUCAGUGGUCUGUAUAAAAGUCACAAGGAAAGAUCUUUUGACACCUUAAAAAAAUGUCAACGCGCUCUUCGGUACUAGCUAUCGAAUGCAAAAUUUCUGAAAAUUCCUAGUCCCGGUUUGUAGACGGGAGACAUCGCUCUCUUUCAAGCUUACUUACUCUCUGCAAUCUUCAAUCGCAGCAAUCCCAGUGACAGGGAUUUCUAGUUCUAAAUGCGUUUCUUAUCUAGGAAGAUCGAAGGGCCUCUGCUCGCAGGGUAGCCGCCUUUGAAAGAAAGACUAAAAUGAUUACAAAACGUUACGUUACGUAAUGUAUUCCGGCUUAGUUUAUAAAUUAAAGUAAAGAAAAUCGUGCGAUUGGAAAGAAAAGUGUAAGAUUUUACUGAAAAUGGUAUGGUCGUAGAAACUGUAGUGCAGGAAAUCUGUGCGUGCGACUGUUCAUGGACACGGAAAGAAUAUUUUCCAAGAAGGGAAUUAGAUGAUGCAAUGAGUUCCGCCUCGAAUUAUUUAAAUAUUUUGUAUAAGAGAAAGACAGCUGUCCAACAGGUUUGGCAGGGAAUAUUUUUCAAGCAAGCGUAAAACUUGUUGCUGUUGUUUUCUUUCGUGACUUUGCCUGUAUCUAACCUUUUAAUUAUCUAUUAUCAUGACCUGUUUUCAAAUUUGUUAAUUGUUUACUCAGGCCAUCCCCAUAAAAUGUUUCGUUUCCCAUCGCCCCACCGACCCAUUUUUUUGGAAAAGUAAAAAAAAAAAAAAAAGAUUCCAGAAUCACUUGUAAAGAAGCAAGUACUUUAAUUUACAAGCACACGAUCUUGUCUUAUUAACACCAAUUGUCUUAAAUUAUCAUCCAUACUUCGUUUUUGAAGCCUUUUUAGACAUUUGAUAGUCCUGUUAAUAUACAUCUUUUACCAUCUGAUUAUAUCUUACAGACUAAACGUGAGAUUUAAUAUGCAAACAUAUGUUCAUUUUUUUAAUUAUUAUUUUUUUUACCCAACCAACCCACCCACCUUCACAGAGGGAGGGCGAUAGGAAACGAAACAUUUUAUGGGGAUGGCCUUAGACGUAAUUUCACGUUUUCAAGGGUGUUCUAUUUGAUCCCAGGUUUUUUUUGAUAGGGUGGGAUUGAAGAAAAAAUUGCGGAAUCUGUAUCAAUUCAUUCCUAACAGAUUAUGUACAAGAACAAUCCAACCAAACAAUAAGGCCCACAGGGGAACUCUAUUUGUUUGCUGCCUGUUUCUUUUGUGAUGAUGAUGCCUUCAGAAAGACCCCUGUCUUGCUAUCAAGAAUCCAUAACAGGGAGUUGCAACAAGAAUUUUAGAAUAUCCAACCGUCCUGAUUUUGUUGGGAUUCUCCUGAUUUUGCUUGAAAAUCCCGAAUCACCACCAAUACGCGAUCUGGAUAUCCCAAUUUUACAUACCCAAAAGGUUGGACAGUCUAGAAUUUGAAACUGAGCAACUGCGUUUAUGCAAUUAUGUUGUCACUGCCUUAGGUUCUCUAAACCCUAUUUGACCAGUUUUCUAUUGAUAAUGACAGGUAUUGCUGGAACAGUGGCAGCAUGUGUCUGGGGAGCUAUUGCGUACAAGAACAGAGGCCCAGCUAUGACAACCAGCAGAUAUCUCAUGAGAUUACGAGUGAUUGCUCAAAGCUGUGUUGUAGGAUCAAUAAUGGCUGGGAUCGGUGUCACGGCACUUCAGAAUAAAAUUGAAGCUAGAUCUAAGAAAGACCAACUCUGAAAGAAAAACUGCCUAUUAAACCACGCCUGACAUUGUACAUACACAGUGACAACCAAGUAACUUUGUUGCAAAAUAUGUGGCAUCCUUCAGUCUGUAAAAUAUAGUGUCACUGACAAGUUUUCAAGGGAGUUUUGUGAUGAUGAGAUAUCAUUUGACGGAGAUGCUGUCUUGCAGGAGCAUGGAAUCAAUCAGGAUUUGCAAUAUUGGUGUAUUGUUAAAAAAUAAAAACUCUUUCCUUGUAGAGUUGAUAUAUUAUAGUAUACCUAAAACGUGCUUUUGUAAAUUAUGAUUGUGUUUGCAAGUAUUUAUUGUGAUGUAAUGUUUCAGUGUGCACUGUUAAUGGUGACCUGCACUGCAUCGAAAACAUUUUAUCUAACAACCUAAAAAGAUAUUUUUAUUUUCAUUAUUUGGUUUUCAUGAAGUAGUUGUAACAUUCUAAUUCUAAGUUCAAGGUCUUGACACAAAACAGAUGUUUUUAUAUUCUCUAAAAUCAAGAGAUAAUUGCUGAAAUAAGUUUCCAACUGUGUUACAAUAUGGUAAUGUAUUUUGGUUCAUAAAAUUAAUAGUAGUUUUAUUCCAAUUAAAAAGACCUGUUAGUUGUCUUCAUACCUUUUUUUAUAAACAUCUUUAUUUUCACUCUGUAUUUCUUUUUGAAUGCAACACUUCUUGGCAAAGCAAUAGUUAUUUAUUUCAGUUUUAAGAUUUUUAUCCCUUGCAUUCCCUAGCUGUUUUUCAUAUAUAUUUUUUGUACAGUUGAUUAAUACACAAGUUCAAAAAAUCGUUCCCUUGAUUCAAACAGGAAUUGAAUUCUAUGAGGAAGUGCGAAAUGCCAAGCAGGGGAAUGUCAAGUAAGAAAAAUCCCCACCUCUAACCCGUCAAUGAUAUCAUCUAUUCUCCUGUCCUGCCAGGCAAUUUAGACUCCCUCCAUCUCUUACCGACCAUUUAGCAGUGCCAUGUUCUCCAACCUAAUGAAAAGAUUUUGGGAUGGAACACAGCAAACCAUUUGAACUAUACCAGGUGUCGUGAUGUCACACAUUUACUGUAUUUUGUAACACCUGCGCUCGGCUUGAUCCAAGUGAUUGGGAGAAAUGCUUCAUAAUGCACAGAAGUUUUCACCUUUUUAUCCCAAAUGUUAAUCUCGGGUAAGAAAAAUAAAUAACACGCUGACACCCCCAACUAGUAGAAGGUGGUGUCAGUUUAACACGACUCAUGACACUGAAAACACAUGGUAUGCUAUCUAAAUUCAAUUGUUUUAUAAAGAAAUUCUCCUGAUCAAUUGAAUCAAAGCUGAGAGCGGGCAUUAUGAAAUACAGUAAAUGUAUGAGAUCAUAUGUAAGUAACCUCAUGCAUGAUACCCCCAACAGUUUGAAUGGUCUGCCUGUAGAUGGAAUAAAUUCUCCAUGAUAUUUCAAGGAAAGGCUCCCCUUGUGACCACUCUCGUAAGCCACCCUUACGAGAAUGAGCUCUCGUAAGUGACCACCCUUUAUUGUUUUACCAUGCGGUCACUUGCGAGAGCUCAUUCUCGUAAGGGACCAGCUCUAGUUACAACCAUUAUUUGAAUGUCCCAGGUGGUUGCUUACGAGAGCUUCAACUGUUAUGAAAAAUACGGCUUUGGCUUUAAUGCCGCAAUCCUUUGAGUUUAGAGUUAGUAAGUUGUACAACAAGAGCCCCAAAAGAUAAGAAGUAGUAAACCUUUAUUACAAUGAUUUACCUAUUUAGUUAAACGCAAUGUCUGUAAUAAUUAUUUUCUUCACUUCUACCAAUAUUUUCUCUGAAAAUAUAACAAAUUUUUUAACAACAAGACAGUUGACAGAGUUUUAAAACAAAUGAUUAAAAUACCAGUAUCAAACAGAACUGGUGUAAUAAAUUUUGUAUUUGGGAGAAGCAUCCUUUAUGAAAACAUCCUUCUAAAGCUACAAUGUAUUGUCUGAUAACAACAGACAAGAAAUCCGGGGUCAGGGUUUCUUUUAAAAAUUGAUUAUUUUUUCUACUUUUUAAGAGUGCUCAAGACUCGACAUUUAACAAAAAAUUCAAAUUUUCCUACCUGUAGAUUAUCGAAAACCAAAUACAACCAUGUAAAAGUAUUGUGAAAGAGUUUUCAUUUGGAUGGUAACAUCAUAGGAUAUUGAACAAGGGGGUAUGUGUUACAUUGAUUAAAUUGAAUCUAGGCUUGAUCAACAAGUACAUGUAGUACCAAUGUGAAAGAACUCCAGAAGAAUUUUCACUUCUAGCGACUCAAAAGUUAGUCCUUACAACUACGUAACAGACAAGUAUAUAGAGUGUUUUCACUCACGUGGUCAGCAUCUAUGCAAAUUUAUUGGAACAAAAGAAAGCGUUUGCAUAAGAAAAGAGUUCAACUCCCAAAGGAUUGGUUUGGGACACCAACAUGGCCACCGUGACGUCAUGUGAAAACACUCUAUACAUGACUCGAAGAGUGAAAGACAUGGCUGUGCGCUUAAGCACCGCUCGGUGACCCCAGAAGAGCUGUCUGGAGCAAGAAGGUGUAGUUAACAGAGAACUUUCACAGAGGACACCUAACUUACGAGUAAAGUGGACUCCCAACAGAUCGAGACCUAUUUAGCCUGCGGGUUUUGUUUUCCUAAUGUAUGUCACAUGAUGUUCUCAAGCAAAUUCGCCCUAGAGACUGAUCUUGACCAAUACCACCGGCUGAAACAGAGCUUACCACCUGAUAAAAUUGCUCUGGAAAAGAAAGAUGAGGGUUAUUUUGA